AGUAUAAGGGCUGCCUCUGGCACCCAGCAGCCAGAGGCACUGAGAGUGGAGGCCUCUGACUCUCAGAGAGUGUCAGGAACUGUGCCAGACCCAAGGACAAACUCCAAGGAGGAAAGGUGGAACUGUGUGUCCUGCCAUAAGACUGAGUGGACAUGAAACACGCCUUCAUCCUACCCCUUUUCCUACUGGGGACAGUUUCUGCUCUUCAUCUGAAGAAUGAUGCCCCACAAAUGGAGAGCCUAGAGACAAUGACAGACCUGAGCCAGGAUCUGGAAGGCUCAGGGAAGCAGGAGGGAGAGCUGGUCAUAUCUGAGGAGGUGAUUUCGUCAGAGGGAGAGGAGGUCAAGGCUUCUGGAUAUGAAGACGCCUUUGAGGAUGAGGAGGCCAUGGAGUCAGACCCAGCUGCCUUAGACAAAGACGUGCAGUGCCCCAGAGAAGAGGACACAGUUAAGCUUCUGGGCAGCCCUGGGUGCAAGGCCUGCAACUAUCUGUUGGUGCGGACCCCCAGGUCGUUUAAAAAUGCUCAGGAUGUCUGCAGGGUAUGCUACCACGGCAACCUCGUCUCCAUCCACAGCUUCAACUUUAAUAAGCAGAUCCAACGCUCAGUCAAAGCACUCAACCAGGGCCAAGUCUGGAUCGGAGGCAUGCUCGGGGGCUGGCUCCUGUGGAAGAGGUUUUGCUGGAUUGAUGGCAGCCAUUGGAAUUUUGAAUACUGGGCCGCAGGCCAGCCUAAGAGUGGCUCGGGCAGCUGCGUGACUCUAUGCACCAGAGGUGGUCGUUGGCGACGAGCUCUAUGCGAAAGGCAUCUGCCUUUCAUCUGCUCCAACUAAGCCGGGGACGCUGAAACCAUCCCUUGGAGCCCCCUCCCUUCACAUGCUUCUCCUGCCCCUGUCCCAGCCUGGGAAUAAAUCCAGACUUCCGGCAGCA